AUGGAUUCCGUUAAUCUCUAUUCGGAACAAAACUCCUCGGACUGCAAAGAGUCUACCGGAGACAAACAACUAGCAUCAGCUUUCUAUGACGCAGACAAGGAAGUUGGGACCACAACUUAUUUGAAAGCCUCCAAAGACCUGAAGCGCAGACUGAAUGCUCGACACCUUUCCAUGAUAGCCCUAGGGGGCGCAUUGGGGACAGGUCGCAUCAUUGGCACUGGCUCUGGUGUAGCUCGAGCUGGUCCUGCCGCGAUUUUGAUCACUUAUACCUUGGUUGGCUUGGUAGUGUAUCUGGUACUGGCCGCUCUGGGAGAGGUUGCCACGGGGUUGCCGAUGGCCAGUGGUUUUAGUGGUCACCAACUUAUUUCCGCCAAUUCGAAGCCGACUUCGGCUGCUGCAUCUCCGUUCGUAGUGGCUAUCCAACUCGCUGGCAUCAAGAUCCUACCAGGGGUAUUUAAUGCCUGUGUUCUCAUUUUCGUCUUGUCUGCGGCCAACACACGCACCAACAAAAAUGUUGUGCCAAUCACGGCUCUUCUGCUGUCUUCCCUAUUUGGAUGUCUCGGAUUCCUUAACGUCACAACCAGUUCUGCCACUGUAUUUAACUAUUUCGUCAAUCUUGUGACGGUAUUUGGCAUCCUAACAUGGAUAUCUCUCCUUGUUAUACACAUCUUCUUCGUCCGUGCUCGAAGGGCUCAAGGCGUAUCAAAUACCGACCUGGUUUAUACCGCUCCUUUAGGUCUCUAUGGAACCUAUUUCGCCCUUUUCGUCUGCAUAAUUAUCGCAAUCUUCAAGAACUUCAGCGUUUUUGUCAAAAGUAGCGCCGUUGGAGGUACGUACGGCAAUUUCGACUCCAAAAACUUCAUUGUGGGGUACCUUGGCAUUCCGAUCUAUUUGAGCAUGUUCGUGGGGUACAAAAUCAUGCAUAAGACAAAAUUCAGAAAGGCCAUGACUACUGAUCUCUACGCUGGAAUGGAUGAGGUCAACAACGAGGAAAAUGAAUUUCUGGAGAAACAGAAGGUCAAAAACGAGGAAAGGGAGGCCAAAUCAGGAAUAUGGUAUAGACUAAUUGCUUGGAUGUUUUGA